AACCCCACCCCACCGCCACCAUCGACGACCCUCACCGUAGACGAGGUCGAGGCCGACCCAAGAUCGAGCCCAUGCCCAGAGCCGCCCCCAAGAUUCGUAGGCAACCCCACGCCAAUCAGGACCUCGAUCUGGAUCGAGCAGGCGCUCUCCAUCGACGGGGCUUGGGCUGGCCGGCGUCCCACGUUGACGUCCUCCUCCCUCCCGCUCCCGACAACGCGCUCGGUCUCCGCAGCCGGCCUCACCGCCAGGAUCUGCGUGGAGAUGGCGCGGGUGCUGGCGGCACGCGGGGCGCGGCACCCACGUCGUCAUAGCUGCUUGGAACCUCACCGCCGCCGAGACCAUGCGCCAGGCCGCAACUUCGCAGCCGACUUCGCUGACAGGGGCCUACCGCUCAACAUCCUCCUGUUGCUGACUUUGGUCUGGCCGAGAUCCAGCACGAAGACGACACAGCCAUGUGUCUACGCUGGUGAUGGGGACUUUCGGGAAGAAGAAGGCUGUUCACAAGAAGAUGGCAGGAAGAAGCAGGCUGAUUCGAUUCGAUCCUCAAGAUGCUGGCCUUUCAUGUUUCUUCGCGAGCAUCGGGACAAAGAAGUUGGAAGAAGCAUAGUUCUAGCUCAUUGGAGCUAGUUCUGGGAGUAAUGAAGCCCUUUAGGCUGAUCCUAUUUGUAUGUGUGUUAUAUGAUGUAGACUCUACACUUGUAGACUCAUGUGGUAGACUCAUGUGGUAGACUGUACACUUGUAGGGCUCAUGUGAUAAUCAUGUGGUAGACUGUACACUUGUAGAGUUGUUAUCCAAUUGUAAACUUGAUGCUAAUCACAUUGUACGUAUGUUAUAUGAUGUAGCAGAUUGCUUCUUGUUGUUACUUAAAGUAUUGUGUCAGUUUUCUGUAUUGGUAUAUUGAAAUCUGAAGAACAUGACCUUGAUAGCAGGGUCCCACGAACCAAAACGCCACAUUUGGGACCUAUUUACCAGAAUUUGACAAUUGGGGUGCAUAAAAAAAG